GUAUCGUAUUUGCUUGAGAGGCACUUCAACAAACCUACCAUUUAGGGAUAUUUCUAAAUGGGUAGAAAAAAUGCUGUUCGAUGAAGUUUGAUUGGCUCAACCAAAGGCAACAGGCGCACCGAUCAACUCCAUUAAAAAAUAGGUUCAGGAAAACCUUCAACAAGGAGGACAACACUAACCCUUCAGAGCUUCAAUGGCGGAAGCUCCACAACUUCUCGUUCAUCCAUACAACACAACCACUGACGAAUCAAUUGCAGAAUCCGCUUCCACGCUGGAAAAUGGUAAAAAACAAGAAGAAAAAACAUACGAUCCUCACAAUUUAUCGGCUUCUCCAUCUUCUGACGGUAAUGGCCUCCGCCCUCGAAUAAGAUAUGGUAAAGAAGAGUUGUUAAAUUUGCGGUUUGUUGUGAGUGAAGAAGAGCAGCUGCGAAGAUGGAACGAAAUCAUGGCUGCGCUGGGGCCUGUUAAAAGUGAAAUUCGCGAAAUGAAUCAAAGCGGGCAGAUGAGCAAGGAUGGUAGGCGCCAAAGAGCCCGUAAAAAGAAACAACACACGAACAAAAGGGAAAUAAUAAGUGAAGAAGAAAAUAAUAAAAAACAGCAGGAGGAAACAUAUCAUCCUUAUCAUUUAUCAGCUUUUCCAUCGUCUGACGGCAAUGCCCUCCGCCCUCGAAUAAAGUAUGGUAAAGAAGAGUUGUUAAAUUUGCAGUUCGUUGUGAGGGAAGAAGAGCAAGUGCGGGGAUGCAACGGAAUCAUGGCUGCGUUGGAACCUUUUGGAUGUGACCCUUGCGCAAUAGACAAAAGCGGGCAGAUGAACACGGAUAGUAGGCGCCAAAGAGACUGCAAAAAGACUGAACAAGAGAACAAAACGGAAACAAUAAGCACCGGUUCAGUGCUGCUGUUAAAAUCAGAAGAGGAAUGCUACAAAGAGCUACCUUGUUCUGGGCUCUCAGGAUUGAAAGCUGCAGAAUUCCAAAAAAGCAGUAACUGCUCAUACGAGGAGAAUUGGGAUUCUGAGAGCAGUGAGGAUGAAUUUGAUAGCUUACUGAAACCAGCAUUAGCAGUGGAAGGAGAGCCUGACUUUGCUUCUGGAUCACCUCACGAUGGAUUUGAAUAUCUUCGACGAGUAAGGUGGGAAGCUAAUCAAUAUCCUCGAGUGAAAGUUGCAAAUCUUGAUGUGAAGAAAUUGAAUGAGAAACAGACACCAUACAUGCCAAAUAUACCACCUGUUUUAGACUGUUCAAUAGAUUUGCUGCCUUCAAAAGACUGGGAAAGAGAAUUUCUAGCAGACUUUUCCAACUUGCGAAUGGAACUUUCAAAGAUUGAUCUAUCUAAGGAUCUCCAAUUAACAUGUUUGCCAUCUCGUAGAGAUAAAGUUGCAUGGGAGAGAUUCUGUUUUGGUGCAAUGUGUAGGCUAACAGACAAUGAAGAAUCCUGUUCUCAAGCAGGGGAAAAUGAGAAAGGUAGAGAUGAUGUUUUGGAAGAUUUAGAUGAGAUUACUGAAGCAAGCCAGGAAUGUCAAACGAAUGACACAGGUAAUCCUUGUGGUAAAGAUCUGAAGGUUGAUUGUCUGGGGGAAAAAAUAUAUACGAGUCCCACACUUUCAGUGAUUUUGAGCUUGGAUGAGGUUAUGAGGGCCACACUUUUCAUGUAUCAUGUGUCUUGGUUUGAAGGCAUCAGCUCUUUGUCAAAAGAUCGGGCGGUGUGGCUGUUUGCUCUUUGUGCAGUUUUGGAUAAACCACUAGAUGCAGAGACAUGUGCCUCAGUAAGAAGUUUGCUAAGAAAAUGUGCAAGUUUGAGGGCUUCUAAGACCAAAGAUGACGGAGAACUUCCUAUGCUGAAUAUUCUUAUAACUAUAGCAGGAAAAUAUUUUGGUCAAGCUGAGGAUUUGAUGUCACAAACCACAGCUUGUAAUCAAAGGCAGCAAUUGUAGGGUGAUUGCGAGUGUAGAGCUGCAUGUUUCCAAUCUUUCAAAUUCUACAUGCACCAGGAGCAUCUGAAAAUGAGGAGCCCAAUUCAUCCUUCUUGAAGAUUGAGAUGGCCUUAUUACUUAUUAGUGAUGGAGAUUUCAGUCCCAAACAUUUUGAUGAAAAUUUACUUACUUUCAGACAGUGUAGAAAUGUGUUCAUCUUUGAUUCUUCAGAUGUAUUUCGGAUGCAUCUCUACAAGGAAGAGGAGUUCAAAGAUCGUUUGCCAAGAAAUUCAUUGUUAGAGAUUGCGUUUAUAUAUUUUACUAUGGCAGGGAAUUCGCAGGUUCUCUUAAACGUUUCAACUACUAGCCAGUUAUAAUUAUUGGUUGUGUUUCUCAAGGUUUUUUGUCACAUCAGAGAACUUGUCUUUGCCUAGUUAAAAUAUUAUAUUAGUAUUUGUAUAUCA